AUUGUAAUUGACUAUACUUCAAUAACAAACAAAUAAAUAAACAAACAUAAUUACCUACCCCCCCAAAGAAAAACAAAGGGGGGGAAAAAAGGAAGCUUUUCUGAAUCUUCUGUUUCUUAUAAAUAAUCAGACUAAAAUAAUCCUCAUGCCAAAGAGACACAUUUUGGGGUAGCAAAUGUUGCUCCCCCACUCUCAAGACCCUUAAAGUCUUUUUUCAACAUGAAUGUAAUUUAAGUAAUCUGUGAUUUUAAUCCCCUACAUCUGUAACCCUUAUAUGUAUGUGUAGCAUAAAAAGAAUUAUUGAGGCUCAUAAAAAUUCUAGAAUGAAAGAACACAUACCAAAAAUGAAUUGGUCAUUUUUGUUGUUGUUCAAAACUUGCCCAUGUGAAACAAAUGAUGUAAAUUUUAUUCAAGCAAGAUAAUUUAAUACAGGUAGUGAGAAGAACAAUUAUAGAGUUCCCAGGGAACAUUACCUACUGCUGAAAAAAAUUUCUAGACGCAAAAUGGAGUUGCUCCUGCCAGGGGUGCCACAUCAGCAAACCAAAACUUAAAUAACCUCCAUUAGAUAACUUUCUGUAUAAAGUCUUUGUCCCUUCUGUGAGUACUCGGGGUUUGGCCAAACUCCAUUGGUUUCGGUUUUGGUUUUGUUUUGGGGGAGGAGGUAAUUAGGUUUAUUCAUUUAUUUAUUAUUUAAUGGAGGUACUGGGGAUUGAACCCAGGACCUCGUGCAUGCUAAGCACUCACUCUACCGCUGAGCUAUACCCUCCCACCUCCUUCACUCCCCCCAGCUCCUCCCAGCUCCUUUGGAAUCCAGCUGUUCCUAUUGGAACUGCACUAGCACUUGUCCCAACUCCAUGAAAUCGAGCUAUUCUUCUUGCAAGUGUGCUAUUUGACUUGUAGACUGUUCAGAAAUGUUUUUCCUCUGCUCAAAGAAAAAAGACCUCACAGAAACAAGAUCCCACUAAUCUAAAUGUUGGAGCCCCACCUCCCCCUUCAGGGAUCCUGGACAGUGUUAAACUUAAAAACUGCAUCCCUCCUCAAGCUCAUUUCAAGCAAACAGUUAAAGAACGACAGAAUGUCUCCUGAGGUCUCUCUUCCCAGCCCCCGUUUUCUCGGUCUCAGGCCCUGCGUCCAGUGCCACCUUCCUCCUUCCCUUCUCCAAGACAGGUACUAACAUGUUUCUCAUAGAGCGAGCCUCUGCCAUGGGUUCUGCCUCUGAACCUAUUCUUUUUCAGGCCCUUGGGAGAUACCUACCCUUGUCUCUUUAGUUUCCUCUGCCUCUAUUCAUUUAUCAAGCCAAGACCUCUUAGAAGUGCUGGAAUUUCUCUCUUCCGGUGCGAGGACUCGAGUAGCCCUAACGGUUUUACCGGUCGCCGCUCCGGGAGGCAGGCCACCGCUAGCCGGUUCCCGCGCCCUCUGGAGGCCGGUGUGGCAGGCUCCGGCGCCGGAAAAGGAAUAAAAGGUAUACUAGUCCUAGGUGACCAAGCGCUUUCGCAGAUAAACCCUCCAGCAAGUUUAUAACUAAUUAGGCCCAACUCAGAGGAAGUGGAGCUGCUCCUGUUGCAUAAAAAAGAUGUCAAGCGGCUCCAGUGAAAUUAAUGUGAUAAGAACACAAAUCUCUGCUUAUGAUGAUGAUAACACUGUUCUUUACGCAUACGAACCAAAUACGGCAUUUUUCAAUAAUCAGGAAAAUAUUGUGUCUGACACAGCCUACAACGAAGAGCACCAAAAAACAGUUCUGGAUGUCCUUACUCACUGCCAGGUCAUCUAUGAUGCUAUUCAAAACCUGGAUAAGAAGUUCGAUGUUCUUCAUGGAAAGGUUACAAAAAUCCACCGUCUUCGUAUGAAGUCAUUGUGGCAAACUCGUAAGCCACUUGGAUAUGCAUAUAAAAAUUAUAAUUACCUGCUUUCUAAAAAGGUCAAAUCCCAGAAACUGCGCAAAAAGGAACCUCGCGCUACAUUCUCCUACCCUGAAAGUUACAGCCCAACUACACCAGUAGGAAGGCGGGACAUUGAUUCCUAUAGCAACCUCGGAGGCGGGUCUUUUCACUCCGACGAGUCCCUGGAUCAGGAGCCAGAGUCCCACGACCAGGAGCAGGAGCUGGGCCUCUGCCAGAGCCCGCCACUUUCCCCAGAUGCCGACCAGCCGUGCUACACGCCCGAUGAGCCCACGCAGGGCUCCUCUGGGCCCGGCAGCCCGGGGGCCCGCAGCACCAGCAGUCUCUACUCCUUGGCCCGACCCACCUCGGCCAUGGCCCGGCGCGAGCCCAGUUCGGGGCACAACCUGGAGAUGACGGCCUACCCACCUCUCAUGGAAAACAGGAGCCUUGGUCAGACCACCUCAUCUCUUGGCAUGCCGGGAGGCUUCGCUCCCUCUUCACCAGUUGGAAAUGACCCGGGUAUCCUAAAACAGACCUUCUCUGAUGACCCUUCAACCUGGUCCGUGGAAGAAGUGGUCCUGUUUUUGAAACAUGUAGAUCCUCAGACACUCACCCCGCUCACUGACCUCUUUAGGCAACAUGACAUUGAUGGGAAGGCUCUGCUGCUUCUCAAGAGCGAUAUGAUGAUGAAGUGCAUGGGGCUUAAGCUGGGGGCAACCGUGAAACUGUGCCACUACAUUGAAAGGCUUAAAGAAAAAAAGAAAUUUGUCAAUUGAAAAAAUGCUUGUAGGUUAGAUUGAACUUAAUUCUGGGGAGACCAAUGCUAUCUUUUUUUCUGCCCUUAGAAGUUUUGUUCUGGAGAAGGUUCCUCUAAAAUAUGUUUUAUACCCAGAAGUGCAGAACCACAUUACAGUCCUGUCUGCUUCCUGAGAAGCCAUUUAACAUGUUAGGAUGAGCAGUGUCACAUUGGUGGUCUUUCUAUCUUUGCAUUAUUUUCAUUGCACAGUUGACAGAUAUAUUUCAUGCAGGAAACAGAGAAAUACUUUGUUUUUGGCUAACGUUUAUAUGUAAAACCAAAACUGCUCAAUCCCAGGGGAAAGUAUCAGGGACUGACAGGUUCUCUAAUGAAACCCAUGAGAAGUUUUCUUUAGAAGAGAAUUUAAAGAUGUAGAUAGCUCUUUCUCACAUAUUUUAUGUCUGUUACUGCAAUGUUCUGUUCACGUUCUAACAGUUUUUGGAAUGGGAAUAGCCAUAUAAAGUAUCUUCCUUUCUGUUAUUAUUUCUCCCUAUGUUGUAUCUGUUCCUAUUCAAAGAAAAA